AAAAAAUCCUAGGAGCCGGAUCUCACAGGACCUCCACUCGUUUAAAUUCAAUCCAGCUUGCUCACUUGCACUCCCUACCUAGACGUCCACCACGAUCAACAUAUAUUCUACUUCAUCUCCUCCAUUAUACGACAUGUCCACGUUCAACAACUUUGAUCGACUCGCCAUGAGCGAGACUCAAUUCCUCCGCAUGGCCGAAGCCGAACUGCAAGCGUCCCAGCGCCCUCAACUCCAACGGGGCGCUUCCUUCGCUGAGAAGUACCUCUGGAAGUCUCCCUCUCUUGGCACAUACUCCAUUCGGCGCGACACCUCCCCAACAGCCGCGUCCCCCGCUCUCUCAACGACAUCCUCCUUCAGCUCUCCGAAGAUAUCGAACGAAACCUACUUCGGCCCCUCGUCCGUCACUAGUCCCAGUAUGGGCAGCGGCUGGGGUCUUGGCCUUGUCUUUAGGAAGAGGAGUGGCACAAAUGCGAGUGAGCCUAGUAGCCCGAGUAUUGGUGGCCGUACACCAACGUUAGGUGCUGACAGCCCGAAGUUAGGGAGCAGUAAUGUGCAAGAGCAUAAGAGGAGCGGGAGUGCGAGCUCGGAAAGGAGGCGGGACGAAUUCGGGUUGGCGAAGGAGAGGCAUAUCACGCAAUCAUUCUAGGUUUGAAGGAGGUGUUCGGAUGUUUGAGGG